AUGGCGACGAACGUGCAGUCCAAGUUCUGGGGAGACGACUCGGAUAGCUCGUAUUCCGACUCCUCCGGAUACUCCAGCGAUGCUGGGGACCGCGACGCGACCAAGCGACAGGCCGCGGCCGCCUGGGUUGCGAGUGACAGUUCGAGUGAUGACGACGAAAACCGCGUCGUGCGCUCGGCCAGGGCCAAGGCUCUGGAGGUCAUUCAGAACUACAGCAAGACCAUAGAGCACCACAAGACCAUCAGCGACUUCUCAGAGCUGCUCAAAGACUACGACAACCUGGCCAGAUUGGUCGAGAAGCAGUACGCUAAAUCGAGGAUUCCAAAGCUGAUCGUUGAGAUCAUCAUGGACCUCCAGCAGUUCGUUGAAGAAAAGCAGAAGGACAAGGACGCGAUGAAGAAAAUGUCCAAGGCGCGUUCCAUAUCCUUGAACACGCUGAGGUCGCGUCUGAGGAAGUUCAACGAGCAGCAUGCCGAUGUUGUGGAGGAGUACAACAAAGACCCCGAAGCCUACGUCGACAUCCUUAAGGAGACCUCUGAUGAGGAGGAUUCUGACGAUGAAUACGAUAGUGACAGCGACAGUGAUGAGAGCGAUGAGGCCUCGGAUGACGCCAGCGACGAAUCUGAGUCUGAAUCGGAAUCUGAAGAAGAGGAGGACGAGGAUUCAGAGGGCAGCGACGAGGAAUCCAUGAAGGAGGAGGGAAGUGAGGAGGAGGACUCCGACUACUCUGACUGGUCUGACUCGGGUGCCUCGAGCCUGUCUGAAGGCGAUGCCGCCGACAAGCACGAGUCUGCCCUGGCUAAGUGGGGAGUGAAGAAGAGCGACUCCGCUGCAAAGGCCUCAAAACCCAAAACUUCGGUGAAGAAGCCCAAAGCUAAGACCGUCAAGAAGAAGGACGACCGCGAGAGGCAGCCAACCACAUCUGGGUUGGGAGUUAUGGCUACGGUCUCAAUGGUGGCUGAUGUUGUGGUACCCGCACUUGCCAAGGUAGAGCUCUCCGCUGAGGACAACCCAUUCGGCGUCUCAACGCCCGAAAUUGAGGCGGUGCUAGACAAGGUGUUCCUCUCGGCUGACAACGUCAAGGAGUAUGUAAAGUCCAUUGUUGAGAGGAGGGGUAAGAGGGGUGGAAACACACACGAGACCAUCAGACACCUCAAAACUCUGCCAUACAUCGCCAAGAACACCUCGCACUCGCUGUACAUCUUUGUCGUUGAGACCCUGCUGCACAUACAGUUCGACAGCUACUCCAACGCUUACGGCGCCAUGUUGCCGAAGCAGUGGAUCGACUCCUACAGGAUCGUGUCUCACCUGCUGGGAGAGCUCAGGGACCACCCUCAGGCUAUGCUCUCUUCGGAGUCUAUGGAUACUGACGACCCCAACGCGGAGGACUCGCAGGGCGAAAAGGAGGUCGGAGCACCCGGACAGUCCCGUGAGGGCAGGCUGGAGCGCUCGAUGACCAUCCUGGAGUCUAUUGUGCGUAAGCUGAACGACGAGCUGUACAAGGGUCUGCUGUACAUCGACGUUGGAAGCGACGACUACAACACGAUGCUCGUGUACAAUGUUAACAUGCUAUACCUGCUGCACAAGACCCUCAUCUACUGCCUGGGCAAGGGCAAGGAGUGCAUGAAGCACGCAGCUGGCAUCGCAAUCAUCAUGCUGGAGCACCUGCACUACAAGGACGACGUGGUGUCGGGCAAGAUUUGGGAGUUGGUUCGCCAGAAGGCAACCGCAGAGGACAACGUAACGGAGUUCUUCCCCAACGAAAACAAAAAGGCAUCUGAUGUUGUCGAGGAACUGGUGUACUUCGUCUUUGAACACGGAGCUAACAGGGAGAAGGUCAGGGCCUGCCUGCACUUGGCAUUCAACAAGGCGCUCCACGGCCACUACUUCGAAGCCAGGGAUUUGCUGCUGACUCCCAACAUCCACGAACUGGCCACGGAAACCAACAUUUCGACGCAGAUUUUACUCAAUCGCAACAUUGCUCAGUUGGGAAUAUGCGCUUUCAGGAAGGGAUUCAUCAGCGAUGCGCACUCGUACCUCAUGGAUCUAUGCGCGCAAAACAGGCACAAGGAGCUGUUGGCCCAGGGUCUCUCUAUGAUGAAGAACUACGAGAAGCCGCCGGAGCAGGAGCGUGCUGAGAAGCGCAGGCUGCUGCCCUUCCACAUGCACCUCAACAUAGAGCUCAUUGAGUGCAUCAACAACAUCUGCGCGUGCCUGCUCGAGACCGCGAACUUGGCGAAGUCUACCAUCAACUCCCGUGAAAUUAUUUCGAGGCAGUUCCGCCGCAUGUACGAGAUGUACGACAAGCAGGUGUUCGUCGGACCGCCGGAGAACAACCGUGACAUGGUUAUGGCGACCUUCAAGCACCUCCAGAGCGGCAACUGGAAGGACUGCUACGAGCAGCUGGCCAGCCUAACUAUCUGGAACAGGCUGCCUGACAAGGAGAAUGUCAUGCUCAUCCUCAAGGAGCGCAUCAAGGUUGAGGCGUUCAACACCUACAUCUUCAAAUACGUGAGCGUCUACGACUCCUUCUCCGUGGAUCAGUUGUCGGGCAUGUUCGACCUCAACCCCAACGUGAUCCACUCGCUUCUGAGCAAGAUGAUCAUAUCGGGAGAGAUCCACGCCACCUGGGAUGACAGCAGCAAGUGCUGCCUCAUCAACCACACCGAGCCUACCGACCUCCAGAAGCUGGCCAUUAAGCUCGCGGAGAACCUCACCACGGCUGUAGAGCAGAACGAGAUGACGCUGAACAUGAAGAACCCCAAGUUCGCGCUCUCGCAAGACCGCCGCUUCCAGCCGCGCGACAGCAAGUUCUCCUACGGUAACAGGCGCGACGACCGCCACCACGCCACGCCAAACUUCAACCGCAACCGUCGCCAGAUGCAGGGCAACAGGCACCAGCGCCAGAACCCCGUUGGCGCCCGAUAG